AUGACCACCCGAACAACAACAACAAGCAUCACCCCCCACAUCACCCCCCACAUCCGAUACCCAGCCCAGGCCCACGCCCGCUCGCCCAAAACCAGCUGGUCCUCCAGAAACGCUGAGCCUACGUCCACUCAAACGGUGUACCUGACGGGCUCGCCCCCGCCGACGACGAUCAGAUCGACCUCCUAUCUGACCAUCAAUUCCGGCGGAACCCCGACCACCUCAACCGUCUACCCCGCCGCCUCCGGUGUGCCCUGGUUCGGCGGCCACGGAUCCGCAGACGGCUUGCCUGCCGACAGACCCUGCUAUCCCGGCGAAGAAAACGAACGCGUCCCGGGCCAUCUCUCGCCUACCAGUCCGACGCAAACCUCCACCCUCUUCACGAUUGCUUUGUAUUUCGUCAUCAUCUUGGUCUGUUGGAACUUGUUCAUAAUCAGACACAUCCUCUUCCCCUUCAAGCUAGUCGUCGUAGCAUGGCACGAGUUUGGCCAUGUGGUAGCCGCGUCGUGUUCGGGCUGCAAGCUCGACAGUGUCACCAUCGACCCCAACGUGGGCGGGGCGACCCGGAUGGAGGCCAAUGUCUACCCGACCCUCUCGUUGCCCUUGGGAUACAUCUCGUCGUGUCUGUUCGGAGGACUACUGGUGUUCUGCGGCUUCAACACCUUAGCUUCCAAAAUCGCAAGCUUCUUCUUGAUGAUGUCCUUGAUUGUCGCCUUUUGGUGGGCCACCGGACUAGUGGCACGGGUGAUGACCUUGCUUUUUAUCGGGCUUUUGAUCGGCUUUUGGUUCAUCGAUCAUGCCGGUGUUCUACGCUACUUUAUCCUCUUCGUCGGGGUCAUGAGCUCGUGGUACAUCAUCUACGAUGUCAUGGAUGACUUCGUCUUCCGGAAGAUGAAUGCUAGUUGUCCGGUGCUCUUUGAGCUUCGAUUUCCUAUGAUCAGAGCUGGCCAAUGGGCGCUCAUUUGGACGGUCUACUCGGGCCUCAGCUUUGCAGCAUGGAUCAUCCUUGCCAUCGUGGUGUGGCGCCAAACUCCUCGUGGAAUGUAUUGUCAAAGCCAGCAGUUUUUGCCCACCUAA